GAUUCCUAAAAAAAUGCGGGGUUACAUUAUUCUGUGCUGCUUGUUCGUGACGGCUGCUGCACUUACGCAUCAAGAACUCAUUGGCGCUGAGUGGUCAGCAUUCAAGGCAUUACACGGAAAGGACUAUGAAUCCGACACAGAAGAAUACUACAGGCUGAAGAUCUACAUGGAGAACAGGCUGAAGAUUGCACGACACAACGAGAAGUACGCCAAAAGCCAGGUCUCGUACAAGCUCGCGAUGAACGAAUUCGGAGACUUGCUGCACCAUGAAUUCGUCAGCACACGCAACGGCUUCCAGCGCAACUACAGGGAAUCUCCACGAGAGGGCAGCUUUUUCGUCGAGCCUGAGGGCUUUGAGGAGUUGCACCUGCCCAAGGCUGUUGACUGGAGGAAGAAAGGUGCUGUGACCCCUGUGAAGAACCAGGGACAGUGCGGCUCCUGCUGGGCCUUCAGCACUACUGGAGCCCUAGAAGGGCAGCACUUCCGUAAGACGCGCAAGCUUGUGUCGCUCAGUGAGCAGAACCUGGUUGACUGCUCCAGAAGCUUCGGCAACAACGGCUGCGAGGGCGGCCUCAUGGACAACGCUUUCAAGUACAUCAAGGCCAACAAGGGCAUUGACACAGAGGACACCUACCCUUACAAUGGCACGGAUGGUGUCUGUCACUUCAACAAAAGUGAUGUGGGUGCCACCGACUCUGGCUUUGUGGACAUCCCAGAAGGGGAUGAGAACAAGCUGAAGAAGGCCGUGGCCAUGGUUGGACCCGUCUCAGUUGCCAUCGAUGCCAGCCACGAGUCAUUCCAGUUCUACUCCGAAGGUGUCUAUGAUGAACCAGAGUGCGACAGUGAGCAGCUCGACCACGGUGUGCUUGUUGUCGGCUACGGAACCAAGGACGGCCAGGACUACUGGCUUGUGAAGAACAGCUGGGGCACAUCGUGGGGUGAUGGCGGCUACAUCUAUAUGUCGAGGAACAAGGAAAACCAGUGCGGAAUCGCCACUUCAGCCAGCUAUCCUCUCGUCUAGUUAUGCACAGUUUUUUACAUGCUCUUUUUCCCUUCAUAUUGCAUCUCUCACGCGCCACAAAUAAACUAUAUUUUGUACAGUGAA